GCUCUCCUGCCUCGACCGCCACCGCGGCUAGUGUCCCCGCAGAGCCUGGCCGGAUCGCGCGCAUUUGGACAGGCAGGAAGUUGACCGAGCGGCUGCAGCAGCAUCCCGGGGUCCGGAUCGCACGAACCCGGCGUAGCCAUCUCUCCAGCACACCCCCUGCCGCCCGCCGCCUGCCGCCUGCGUGCUCUACUUUGCAUCUCCGCUAUUGUUACAGAUUCUCUUCUAUUGGCAGGCUUUCCUCCGAAACUUACAAAGAAAGUGUUGGAUUUCCCCUUGUUGGAGCUGAGGAAUUGCUGACAACCUCGGGGUAGACGGAUCUAACCCAUCCCGUCCCUUUCUGGUACCAAAGUGCUUACUCCACUCCAAAGUGCCAUAUCUGAACUGUCAACGGGAAGAAGGGGCUCCCGAGACGUGCCCGCACCGCUGCACCUGCCUUGUGCGUCCCUCUCUGGGUCACCUUCCCCGGCCGAAGCAGCACCGAGGAAGCCCCCUUCUGAUGUCCUCUGUGGAAACUGGUUCUCUGAGGCUGGCGCGCUGAGGCUGGAUUUGGGGGAGGAAUAUUAGACUUGGAGGAGUCUGCGCGUUUUUCUCCUCCCCGCGCCUCUCGGUCGCUGCUAGUUCACUGCUUGGUCCCUGUGCUCGCUCCCCUACCCCACCCACUUCCUGUGUGCGCCCGGGGGGCGUGUGCCGUGCCUGGCCUCCGGAGUUCUGGGAAGUUGUGGCUGUCGAGGAUGGGGGUCUGUGGGUACCUGUUCCUGCCCUGGAAGUGCCUCGUGGUCGUGUCUCUCAGGCUGCUGUUCCUUGUACCCACAGGAGUGCCGGUGCGCAGCGGAGAUGCCACCUUCCCCAAAGCUAUGGACAACGUGACGGUCCGGCAGGGGGAGAGCGCCACCCUCAGGUGCACAAUUGACAACCGGGUCACCCGGGUGGCCUGGCUGAACCGCAGCACCAUCCUCUAUGCCGGGAAUGACAAGUGGUGCCUGGACCCUCGCGUGGUCCUCUUGAGCAACACCCAAACCCAGUACAGCAUCGAGAUCCAGAAUGUGGACGUGUAUGACGAGGGCCCGUAUACCUGCUCUGUACAGACGGACAACCACCCCAAGACCUCGAGGGUGCACCUCAUAGUGCAAGUGUCUCCCAAAAUUGUAGAGAUUUCUUCAGAUAUCUCCAUUAAUGAAGGGAACAAUAUCAGCCUCACCUGCAUAGCAACGGGUAGACCAGAGCCCACAGUUACCUGGAGACACAUUUCCCCCAAAGCUGUGGGCUUUGUGAGUGAAGAUGAAUACUUGGAGAUCCAGGGCAUCACCCGGGAGCAGUCGGGGGACUACGAGUGCAGUGCCUCCAAUGAUGUGGCAGCGCCAGUGGUCCGGAGAGUCAAGGUCACCGUGAACUAUCCACCAUACAUUUCAGAAGCUAAGGGUACAGGUGUCCCUGUGGGACAGAAGGGAACACUGCAGUGUGAAGCCUCAGCAGUUCCCUCUGCAGAAUUCCAUUGGUACAAGGAUGACAAAAGACUGGUAGAAGGAAAGAAGGGCGUCAAAGUGGAAAACAGGCCUUUCCUCUCAAAACUCAUCUUCUUCAAUGUCUCUGAACAUGACUAUGGAAACUACACUUGUGUGGCCUCCAACAAGCUGGGCCACACAAAUGCCAGCAUCACACUCUUUGAACUAAAUGAGCCUACAAGCUCAACUUUGUUGCAAGAUGAGAACCUUUGCAGAAGGUAUCACUUCGAUGCAGAAGACCUUAAUAUCAUUUUCUUUUUGCCAGCUAUAUUGAGAAGUGAAAACUACAGCUCUGACCCCUUGGAAAGGCCCGGGUGCCGUCAGCGAAGUGAACAAUGGGACGUCGAGGAGGGCAGGCUGCAUUUGGCUGAUACCCCUUCUGGUGUUGCACCUCCUUCUCCAGUUUUGAUGUGAAUGCCACCGCCCCGCUGGGGAGAAGCUGCCGCCACUGCACCCACCAACAGAAUAGCGCCGGCAACUCUGACAGCAGCAAGAGCUUUCCCGUUUCUAAAUAAGAUAUAAUCAAAUGCAAUUCAGAGAAGCAGAGCCUAAUGGGACACGAAUUUGAGGGAGGGGAACAAAGAAUACUUUGGGAAAAAAAGUUGUAAGAGGAAAUCGAAAAUCGCCGUCCAGGCCUUGCAAAUAUUUAGGCACAGCUGAGUUUUCUUUCUUUUCCCAAGUGGGAAGAACGCGCGCCCGGCUUUGGACCCGCCUGCAAGCUGCAUUGUGUGACCUCUCUGUGGCCCAGUGGGCGAGGGCUCAGCCACUCUGUCCACUAACGUGCCCCCAUCAAGGAAAAUUCUGGAGUCGGCCAUCCCCAAUUCAAUCCGUCUCCUGAGAUGAGCACAGAGUGUGUUGAGCAGGCCCAGACUGGCUGCUGCGGGCCCUUUUGUAGACUGUGCCACUAUAAUGUGUGAUGAAAGCAAAAUUAAAAAAAAAUAAAAUAAAGAAAAAGGAAACAAAACAAGACAGCCUGCCAGCUACAACAAUCCCACAAUCAACAGUCACAAAAGAUAGUGUUAAACUUUUUUGUUGUUGUUGUUGUACUACAUGGACAUUCUGGAUAAUAAGGAAUUCUGAUUCAUUAUUAAUUUUAUUAAUUAUAUUUUCUGAUAUGAGUCUAGAACUUAGUGCAAAAACAAGGCACAACUAAAAAAUACACAACUGAAAGGGGUGAAGAGAAGUAUGUUUGUUCAAUUAUUAACAACAAGUAGUGGUAGUGUAUUUCUUAACUAGGUUUACAACUGGUGGACCACGCACCGGGCAUUAACCACCCGGUGAGGAUUUCAUACAUCCACCAAAAAAAAAAAAAAAACACACACACACAAAAACCACCACAUACAAUUUAACCAACAUCUCCACCAGCGCUACAGGUUUCUCCUUAUUCUGGUAUUUAAUGCAGACAAUACGAUGCUUCUACAUGCUGUUUAGAAAUGGAAGGGUGAGCCGCAUUGUAUCUUGAGUUUGUUAGCUAUGCUUCUUUUGAUGACAUAUAUUAUACAGUAUAUAUAUACAUAUAUUUUUUUUGUUAGAGUUCUAGCCAUUUUCUUUCCCAGCAGGGUCCUUGCUCAGACAUUACUGCAUGCUGUAUAUGGCGUUAGCUGUGUGUUGAUCUUCUAAAAGAUGAUAGAGUUUACUGGUAAUUGUGUAAUCAGCUCCUGCCUUUUUAUUUUCUUGGGUUAUUUACAUGUCAGAGACAUUUAUAAAAAGUGAAAAGAAAAAGCCAAACACUAAUACCAGGCUCAGCAUCUUUUCCAGGUGUGGCUCUCGGAGGCCAAGGCCACGACAGGCAGCCUGCUUCUCCAUCACGCCUCGGGCAUUAACAAACAGCAAGCAACUGAACCAACUAAACAGUCCAUAACCACUUGCUUUAGCCCAUUAUGGGAAUCUCUGAUGCCUUUGGGACCACUGGAGAAUUGAAUCCUCUUGGUUUACUUUAUUUAAUUUCCCACCUUCGUGUGCGUGUGUAUGAAAGAGAAGAAAAUGCAGUUUUUAGGUAAACUUUUUUCCUCCCCUGAAGUCUGGGAACCAGAGAGGCCUCGGGGAGGGGUCCUGGAUGUGAUGAGGGAAAGUGGGAUU